UGUGAGUGGUGAGCCGUGAGGAACACUUGGCAGGGGGCCACUCUCACUGGCCACACAUGCGCCGACCAAUGGAAGCCACCGUGUCCACUGCCGGCUUCUGGCUCCACACCCUCUUGGCUGCAUGUGGAGCGAAAGUUCCCUGUGGGAGGCUGAGUCAGCAGCCUGCCUUCCCGAACACCCCAAGGAAAAGGAGUGCUCUCAGGCCUCCUUCCGGGCGUGCCUUUCCGCUGAAGCAGAGCACAGAGCCCUCUCCCCUAACCUGGCUUCAAGAACAAGACAGGCGGUGCAAACAUGAGGCUGUGGCUGAGAGGCCUGGUCCUUCAUGCACUGAAGAGCUCCCGGGGAUUCAGCAGGUCUCCCGGGCAGCCGGCACCUCCACCUGUCCCUCAGGACAUUGUGGCCACCUGGGAGGCCAUCAGCCUGGGGAAGCAGCCCGUGCCCGAGUACUUCAACUUCGCCCAUGACGUGCUGGACGUGUGGAGUCAGCUGGAAAAGGCUGGGCACCGGCCCCCGAAUCCUGCAUUCUGGUGGGUCAGCGGCACGGGAGCGGAGGUCAAGUGGAGCUUCGAGGAGCUGGGGAAGCAGUCCAGGAAGGCGGCCAACGUUCUGAGCCGUGCAUGCGGCCUGCAGCCUGGGGACAGGAUGUUGCUGGUGCUCCCACGGCUCCCGGAGUGGUGGCUGGUCAACGUGGCUUGUAUGCGGACAGGAACCGUCAUGAUUCCCGGCACCUCUCAGCUGACGGAGAAGGACCUCAAGUACCGGCUGCAGUUGUCCAGGGCCAAGUCCAUUAUCACCAGCGACUCUCUAGCUCCGCGGGUGGACGCCAUUAGUGCCGACUGCCCCUCCCUCCAGACCAAGCUGCUGGUGUCGGACAGCAGUCGGCCAGGCUGGUUGAACUUCAGGGAACUCCUCCGAGAGGCACCUGCAGAGCACACCUGUGUGAGGACCAAGAGCCGAGACCCCCUGGCCAUCUACUUCACCAGCGGGACCACCGGGGCCCCCAAGAUGCUCGAGCACUCCCAGUGCAGCUACGGCCUGGGUUUCGUGGCCAGUGGGAGGCGGUGGGUGGCCUUGACCGAAGCAGACAUCAUGUGGAACACGACGGACACCGGUUGGGUGAAAGCAGCCUGGACUCUCUUCUCUGCCUGGCCUAAUGGAUCUUGCAUUUUUGUGCAUGAGCUGCCUCGAGCUGAUGCCAAAUGCAUCCUGAAUACUCUCUCCACAUUCCCGAUAACCACCUUCUGCUGCGUCCCAACCAUGUAUCGGCUGCUGGUGCAGGAGGAUCUGACCAGGUACCGGUUCCAGAGCCUGAGGCACUGUAUCACCGGAGGGGAGGCCCUGAACCCCGACGCCAGGGAGAAGUGGAAGCGCCAGACGGGCCUGGAGCUGCAUGAAGGCUACGGCCAGUCUGAAACAGUUGUAAUCUGUGGCAAUACAAAAGGCAUGAAAAUCAAGUCUGGAUCCAUGGGGAAAGCGUCCCCACCCUACGACGUGCAGAUUGUGGAUGAUGAGGGCAGCGUCCUGCCUGCUGGAGAGGAGGGGAAUAUUGCUGUCCGCAUCAGACCCACCCGCCCCUUCUGUUUCUUCAAUGGCUAUUUGGGCAAUCCUGAGAAGACGGCCAGCUCAGAACGGGGGGACUUCUACAUCACAGGGGAUCGAGCCCGCAUGGACGAGGACGGCUACCUUUGGUUCAUGGGACGAAAUGACGAUGUGAUCAAUUCUUCAAGCUACCGGAUCGGGCCUGCCGAGGUGGAGAACGCCCUUGCCGAGCACCCAGCCGUCCUUGAGUCUGCUGUGGUUAGCAGCCCGGACCCCAUCAGGGGGGAGGUAGUGAAGGCAUUUAUAGUCCUUUCUCCAGCCUACUCAUCUCGUGACCCAGAGGCCCUAACCCUGGAGCUCCAGAACCACGUGAAGAGGGUGACUGCUCCGUACAAGUACCCCAGGAAGGUAGCCUUUGUUUCGGCUGCCGAAGACAUCUUCUGGAAAAAUCCAAAGGAAAAUAUUGAGAAACCAAGAGUGGGGGAAAUGAGCUGCAACCCCAGAAAGGCCCCAACGACCUCCACAGGUUCCGAGAGGAGCUGGUGGGAUCACUGGCCAGCUGCCACUUGGAGCACCAUGCCUGCAGCCAUGUAGACGUUGAAGGUGCUCAGCUUCCAAACGGGCACCUCCAGAAUCACGGGAUGACCCCAGAACAGAGCAAAAGGACGUCACUGACCCAGAGCCCAUUGCCACUGUCCGGCGUAACAAAUGCUUGGUGGCUUGACUUCCUCUCUUCCUGGAGGCAUCCCAGCAUCCCUACCCUGGUCUUACUUACUAAGAGCUUUCAGCCUCCUGCCAAAGGACUGGUUAUCAUAGCCUUGGGACACUUGUGGUCUCAUUCCCGCCAGCGGCACUGUGAAGGCUUGACCUUUCGGAUGAAACCAUUUGGAAAUAGUAUGCAAGAGCAUAAAAUGCAUAAUACCUUUUAGCUCAGAAAUUCUAUCUUUGGGAAUCACUAUGAAAGAAAGAAAUCAACAUGCAGAAAAUGUUUGGUGCACGAAGAUGUUUAUUGCAGCAUUGUUUAAAACUGAAACACACACACACCAAAAAAAAAAAAAA